GGCUACGCCGCGAGGCCGCCCCUGGGCUGGCAGAGCUGGUGCGCCGUGGGCAGCUGCGGGACGGAUCACUGCUUCGACAGUCAGAUUCGGGAGACCGCCGACGCCAUGGUCGCCAACGGCAUGCUCGCCAAGGGCUACGAGUGGAUCGUGCUCGACGACUGCUGGCAUCCGACGCGCGACCAAUCCGGCGACCUCGUGCCGUCCCCGACGUUCUUCCCGGACGGCAUGCAGCCGGUGAUCGACUACGUCCACGCCAAGGGCUUCAAGUUCGGCCUCUACACGUCCGUCGGCACGGAGACGUGCCACGGCGGCUGGUCGCCCGGCAGCUACGGCCACUACGAGCGCGACGCGCGGCUCUUCGCGGCGUGGGCCGUCGACUGGGUGAAGAUGGACUGGUGCGGCGACGAGCGGUCCGCGGAGGGCCACGCGAACUUCUCCAGAGCGCUGAACGCGACGGGCCGCGAGAUGAUCCUGGAGUUGUGCCGGGGCCCCUACGCGGGCGAGGACGGCUGGGGCUACGCGCCGCAGAUCGCCCAGGUCUGGCGCGCGGCCAAGGACCACCACGACGACUUCUCCAACACGCUGUCGCAGAUCAACGCGCUCGCGGCGCACCCGGACUGGUCCGGGCCCUUCGGCUGGGCCUACGGCGACAUGAUGAUGACGGGCGGCGAAGGCUGCGACCCCUACGACCCGGCCGUGCCGACGCACUGCCCGAAGCAGACGGACGCGGAGUACCGCACCGAGGCCGCGUCGUACGCCGUGCUAUCGUCGCCCAUGAUGGUCGGCACGGACGUGCGCAACAUGACGAAGAUCAUGGAGGAGUUGUUGCUCAACGACGAGCUGCUCGCCAUCCAGCGCGACGUCGCGCACAAGGCGGCGAAAAUCCGCUGGUCGCGCGGCGGCGGCGAGGCGCUCGUCCGCGCGCUCAAAGACGGCGGCGUCGCCGUCGCCCAGUCGAACCUCGGCGAGGAAGCGAACGUCACCGUCGUCCUCGACGACCUCUGCGCCCACCCCCCCUGCGCGUUCGCCGUCCGCGACGUCCUCGCGCGGCGGGACCUCGGGACCCACACCUCGGAGCUCGUUCUCCUGGUCGGGGCGCACGACACGGCGCUCCUGAAGCUA